GGGCUAAACCGCUAGCGGACACAGACGUCGCGCAGUCUCCGUACGAGGCAGUUCGCGAAACCCACGACCACGGACGAUUAGAUACUGCAACCCACACACGUGUCGGUCAGAAUAAUGUCGGCGACACCAGAGGAGCAGCCUGGCUCACCCGCGGUAGUGGAGCAGGAACAGGAGGGAAACAAGCGUGAGGAGUCGGAAAAUGUCGCCAGCGCUGACGAGGAGGACGACGACCAAGAUGCCGCGGAGCCUUCAGACGACGAAUCUCUCCUUUCGGAAGUCGACGAGGCGCAGUUCGAAGACUUCGAUCCGGAAAAUGUGGAUAUCGAGGACCGUCCUCAGCUGGCCAUCGAUGAGGAGAACCUGAAGCUUAUCGGACGGCACAAGCGCAAGAGACUGGAAGAUGGCGAAGAUUCCGAGCGACCCCGCCGGAAGAAGGAAGGGCGCCGAGAGAAGAAGAGCCGUCGAAUGAAGGAACUGGAGGAUGGUGGUAGCGGGGAGGAAGGGAAGUCGCGGAGACGGGAGCGGAAGAGACGAGAGGCCACCCCCGAGGACGAUGAGAGUCUUGAUCCUGCUACUCGUCGCCGCCGGGCCCUCGAUCGCGCCAUGGACGAAGCAUUGAAGAAACCUACCAAGAGACGGUUCCGCAAGGCGGACGGCAUUGACUUGGAGCAAAUGGCAGAUGCGGAGAUCGAAGAUAUGCGCAAACGUAUGACCAAUGCUGCUCAACUGGAUGCCCUCAACCGUCGGGAAGGCAAGCCUGCCAUGCACAAGCUGAAGAUGUUGCCCGAGGUCGUGUCGCUUCUUAACCGCAACCAAUAUGUCAACAGUCUAGUUGACCCGGAGAUCAAUUUGCUGGAAGCGGUCAAGUUCUUCCUCGAACCACUGGAUGAUGGGUCUUUACCCGCAUACAACAUCCAGCGGGACCUGAUGACCGCACUGGGCAAGCUCCCGAUCAACAAGGAAACUUUGAUCGCCAGCGGAAUUGGCAAGGUGAUCGUCUUCUACACGCGCAGCAAGCGGCCAGAGCCCGGCAUCAAGCGUAUGGCCGAGCGUCUUCUUGCCGAAUGGACCCGGCCUAUCUUGCAACGUAGUGACGACUAUUCCAAGCGAGUGUACGAGGAGGCUGAGUUUGACCCUACGUAUGUUUCCCCCCUUCCCUUCUUCCACCGAGACUUCUCACUGACGAUCUAGUAAACUCUCCAACCGUUCGUCCACCGUCUCCGCUUCCGUCACCGCCGCCGAGGCACGCGCUCGCGAGCUUCUUCCGCCCCGUCUUGCCAACCGUGCUCGCGUGGAAAUGACUCACACGAGCUACACUGUGGU